UCAAGCUCUACGCAUAGCAACCACUGUACUGUUUAAUUGCAAUAAUAAAACUUUCAUUCCACUAUUAUCAUUCAAACAAACAAGACGUACUUUGAAAUAGGUUAUAGGCCCAGCGGUCAUAACCAGAAGAUUUUUUUUUUCAUAAAGAAGGUUCUCGAAGUAGUAGAAAAAUAUUCAAGAGCAAAAAAAAUGAAUUAUUGCAAUGGGUCGGAAAAUAGUAUAACCCGUUCGGAGACAUCUGGAUCAAGAACUAGAGUUUCGGAUUCAAGAACGGUUCGUGCAGCCGGUGGAAGCAGUGUGGCUCUAUCAAUAGAAAAGCUGAAAGGGCGUGACAAUUAUGUUUCGUGAGCGUUCGCCAUGAAAAUGACGUUCAUUCGGGAAGGUUCUUGGAGCGCUGUAACACCGAAGGAAGGAGAAGUCGUGGAUGAAGGCGCUGUCCACGAUCUGCCUGAGCCUCGAGAAGACAAAUUACAGCCUGGUGAUGGACGCGAAAAAUGCGCGAGAAGCCUGGAACAAGUUCAAGACCGCUUUUCAAGAUGACGGAAUCUAUCGUCGAAUCGGGUUGCUGCGGCAGUUGACGUCAAUCCGGCUCGAAAAUUACGACAGCACGGAAGCGUACGUGGAUUCGUUGGUCUCAACCAGCCAUAAGCUGCUUUUGAUGGGAUUGCCAAAGUACUAUGCACCGAUGGUAACGGGUUUGGAAGCGUCUGGACAGGCUUUGAAAGCGGAUGCCGUAAAGGCCAAAAUCUUGCAGGACGUGAAGGCUAAGCAUGGACCGCGGAGCAGUAGUGACGAAGGAGCUUUCUACAGCGGGGGAGCACAACAGCAACAACGUCGAGGGGACGGAGGUUUGCAAAAGCAGAAGGAUAGAGCGUGCGACAAUUGCCGCAAGGUGGGUCAUUAUGCAGGAAAUUGUCCGAAAAAAACGGACACAUCCGAAGGUAAGAAAAGACGAGCAAUGUGUGCUGUUUUGGCGGUUGGCAACGUCGACCAAGAUGAAUGGUACUUUGAUUCUGGUGAUACUACUCACAUGGCCAGGCCUGGAUCAAACUACCAAGCGAAGCAGGAGGUCUCGUAUCAAGUUGGAACAGCAAACAAAAACUGCAUGACAGCCAAGGUAAAAGGUAUCGUGAACCUAGAUUGUGCUCACCGAGGACGGAAAGGUUUUUGCCUCCGGUACAGCUGAAAGCGGCUUAUAUCGACUGAACCGGCGUGUGCAGAAGGCAUACGUGUGCGGCGAACUCGAGAUGUGGCAUAGGAGAUUCGGUCACCUAAAUGUACAGAAUCUGAAGCGAUUGCAGCAAAUGACAAACGGAAUUUCGAUAAAGAAAAUGGGAAAAUUGGAAUGCAUUGCAUGUCUACAAGGUAAGCAUGCUCGUGACGAACUCCCCAACAGUGAUUCGAGGGACGAGGAGCGUUAGGAGCUGGUCCGUACAGAUCUUUACGGACCGUUUUAAGUGCCAUCUAUUGGAGGAAGUCGAUUUUUCGCAAGUUUCAUUGGUGAUGCUACGCGGAAGGUGUUCAUAUAUACCCUGAAAUCGAAAGAUCAAGCUUUGGAGGCGUACGAAGACUUGAAAGCAAUGGCUGAACGGCAAUCUUGCUACAAGUUAAAGGUUUUACGCAGUGACAACGGGCGAGAAUAUGUAAAUGGUCGAUUCGAGGCGAGUUUGAAGCGGGACGGAAUAAGGCAUCAAAAAUCCUGUCCGUAUACGCCUGAGCAAAACGGCGUUGCGGAGCGCAUGAAUCGGACCAUUCUCGAGAAGGUUAGGUGCAUAUUGAAUGAUGCCAACUUGCUGAAAAAGUUCUGGGCGGAAGCGGUGAACACGGCGGCAUACCUGAUUAAUUGUAGUCCAACAAGGUCCCUGGAUGGUAAGACGCCAGAAGAAGCGUGGUCAGAAAAGAAACCCUACGUUGGCCACUUGAAGAUAUUUGGAUCCGUAGCCAUGAUGCACGUGCCGAAGCAAAAAAGAAAGACCGCAAGAUGAAGCAACUGGCAGUCAACCGGAAGCAGAUGAUGAAGCGGCCGUAGCAACUGAUGAAUCGAUAGUAAAUGUGACGAAAUCACGCCCCCACCGCAACUUGAAAGACCGGCUGACAUGCAGCUAGAGUUGAGGCGCAGCGGUCGCGAGCGCCGACCUCCAGGCAAGUAUAAUAACUUUAUCACCUAUAAUACGUAUACUGGCCAAAAUGUUUCCCAGCAGUCCGUGACAAGCGGCACACGAAAUGCUGCGGCUCGGGAUAUCGAGCAAAUAAGCGAUCCAACCACGUAAAACGAGGCGUUGAUUAGACCAGACCGAGACCUGUGGAUAGCUGCUAUGAGAGAGGAAAUCGCAACAUUGGAGAUCAACCAGACGUGGGUGCUUGAAGAUUUGCCUGAAAACGGGAAAGCGAUCAAAAACAAGUAACGAAGAGAAAUCAAUCGAAAAUCGAUGCUGGUCGAACCGAGAGCGGGAACUAAGCAGUGGUAUAAAUCAAGACUUCUAAGAAGUAGAACUCGAGUUCAAAACUUCUGUCGGGUUGCAAAGAAAUCAUGAAAAUUGUAAAUAAACGACGACUUAGUGAAAUGUUUUUUUUUAAGUUUUUUUUUUCAAGCUGAAUAGCGACCUAACCGAACUUAAUGUAAACUUUCCAGUUCGGUUUAGAAACUGCUUUGCAUGCUACUCGGAGUUUAUUCAUCAAAUGUGAUCUUGAACGUAAUAGAAUAGAAUUCUAUUGACGAUCGUUAGUUCGGCUGAUUAGGCUAUGGAAUCUACUGUUAUCCGAACUUUUGGUUACUUGGGCUUACAAUCUAUCAGACACUUUUCUUC